GUGUAGUUGCAUUUCUUUUGUUGUAUCUGUAUGAUAUUAUUGCGUUAACCUUCCUCAUCUCUAUGUUGUGCUUGUUUACCCAAUGACACUAGUUAUCCAUCUAUUCUUCCCAAAUAUCUUCAAACAUACUAUCUCUCAAUCAAAUAGCCAUUGCAUCACAUCUACCCAAUGCCACCCCCAUCUUACUCCCUCCAAAAAACUUCUCAUAGUGUAAAGCAUGACUUCAUCCUCCAAUUUUGAUCCCAAAAGAGUUAUAAAUAAUUUCUUUUGCAAAUUAUGUGGGAAUACAAAAUUGUGACUGAAUUCACUAAAUUACUUAAACACCUGAAAACUGACUACACAGUUCACAGCUUGUGUGUGGUAAUAUUUGGUGUUAAAGUGAUUUUAGUGCAUUUAGUCGUCAUUUUGUAUUUCAUCGCAUUUGCUUUGGUAAAAUAAAUGAUUUAUAGUUCUUUGUUUCUUGAACUAACAGAAAUGAUUAUAAACAUGAACUAGCUGCCGCAAUCUAGCAUUCCUUUCUCACGCAGUUUUGAGUUUGCUACCUUGAAGGAACUUAGUGCAGAGUUCAAAUUAUUAUUUUAAUAAUCUGUCCGGGAAGUCUGUUCAUGACCAGAACAGGAGAUUAAAAUUUUUGCAUAUGUGCAUGUAAUUUGCAUUGAUUUUAAAUUUGUAAUAACAAUCACAUAAAAAUUAUUAUACCCUGUGAGAAUGCUCUGGGCCUUACAGCAGAAAAGGCAAUUCAACUACGGCACGUCUGCAUCUGUAGUGGUGACAUUUCCUAUACGUUGUUUCAUCGGCAGUCGCAUUGAAGAAUCAUCCAGAAAUCUCUCAGUGACAGCAGUCUUCCUUUGUUGAGUUCCUGUGGGGGUUCCGGAUACGUUUAAGAAAAAAAAGCAUGUAUAUUUUGACGCAUAAACCCCCAUACUCAACAUUUUCUUUGACGCAGGAUUAUCUUGGGAUAUCCAUUCUCUUCCAGGCUAGUGGAUGGGCUCUUCAGAAUUCCUUGUCUUGCCUGUGACGAGCUUCCUCUUCUUGUUUUCAAGAAGAGUCACUCUGAUCUGCCAUUGCACUACCGCCAUCCCACAUUUUCCACAGUCACAAUUGCCUUUCAUUCCUCAUGACUUUCGCCCAGCCCUCAAUUUCAGACAUGUUUCAAGAUUGAAACACUGCCCAAUCCCAUGGCAGAGGCAGCAGAUUAGAUGGAGAAGGCACUAUCUUUACAUUGACCUACCAUGAGACAUCCACUUUUGGAUUGUUGUCCCUUGACAUCACUUAGUUCAUAAUACAAGGGUUUGCUUUUAUCUACAUGGAAGAUGAGAGAGAUGCUGAGUAUGCUAUUCGGGGACUUGAUCGGAAAGAAUUUGGUAGAAAAGGACGCAGGCUUCGUGUUGAAUGGACGAAGGUAGCAAAUCAUGAACGUGGUACUAGAAGACCGGGUGCUUCAAGAAGAUCUUCGACUAAUACAAGACCUUCAAAGACCUUGUUUGUUAUAAAUUUUGAUCCGUAUCACACUAGGACCAAGGAUUUGGAGAGGCACUUUGAUCCAUAUGGGAAAAUUGUGAGUGUUAGGAUCAGAAGAAAUUUUGCAUUCGUUCAGUAUGAGUCACAAGAAGAUGCUACUAGGGCAUUGGAAGCUACGAACAUGAGCAAGCUGAUGGAUCGAGUUAUAUCAGUGGAGUAUGCAGUUCGUGAUGAUGAUGAAAGAAGAGAUGGCUUUAGUCCUGAUAGGAGAAGUCGUGAUAGGUCACUAGACAGAGGCCGUGAUAGAAGAAGAUCCCCAAGUCCCUACAAAAGAGAGAGGGGUAGCCCUGAUUAUGGCCGUGGCCCUAGCCCUGGUCCCUACCGCAGAGAGAGGGGUAGUCCUGAUUAUGGCCGUGGCCCAAGUCCUUAUCGAAGGGAGAGAGUAAGUCCAGACUAUGGCCGAGGCCGCAGCCCAAGUCCCUAUCGAAGGGAGAGAUCUGAUCAUGGCCGGGUCUCUAGUCGUAGUCCCCGGAAAGAGAGGGUGAGUGCAGACCGUAUCCGUGAUCGUAGCCGUAGUCCUUAUGGAAGAGAGAGACCUGGGGCUGACAAUGGCCAUGCUCCCAUCCGUAGUCCAUAUAAGAGAGAUAGGGAGAGUCCUGAAAAUGGUGCCAUCGAGAGUCCAUAUAAGAGAGAUAGGGGCAGUCCUGAAAAUGGCGCCAUCCAGAGUCCAUAUAAGAGAGAUAGGAGUAGUCCUGAAAAUGGUCGGGGCCCCAGCAGCAGUCCUUAUGAAAGAGAGAGGGUCAGCCCUGAACAUGGUCGCGGUCCAAGCCCCAAUUCUGUGCCUGAAGCUAGGGGGGACAGCCCUAACUAUGGUGGGCCUGAAAGCCCCAUGCAGGAGAGAUAUAGCAGCCGUUCACCACAAGCUGAGGAAUGAUGAUGAUCUUGAUCAGUGGUUUGGAUCUGUCUGGUUGUGAGAUGCUGCAGUUUGUGGUUCCCUUGGAAACUCCGUCUGUAGAGUCGAAUCGUAAUACAGCUUAUGUAGUUUCUUGUAGCCUUAUUUCUGAGUUGUAGCUUCUAGAUACUUGUCUGCACUAGUUUCUGCUCAAAACUUUAUGGAACUUAUUAUUGCUAUUGAACAAGCAACUUGAUACAGAAUUUGGCCCCCCAAGUGGUUGUUUACAA